UGCGCAGGCGCCCUUUUGCUGUCGUCCUUGCCUCUUCGCGUUUUGCCGCCGCGGCUCCCCUCGGGCUCCGGUUUCUUUCCUCUCAGCCUCGGCGGCUCUCCUUCGCCGCCAUGGUGCUCGACUUGGACCUUUUCCGCGCUGAUAAAGGCGGCGACCCGGAGCUCGUGCGAAAGAUGCAGCUGAAGCGCUUCAAAGACCCGGCUCUGGUGGACGCGCUGGUGGCUGCCGACGGGGCCUGGAGGAGAUGCAGAUUCCGGGCAGACAACCUGAACAAACUGAAGAACUUGUGCAGCAAAACUAUAGGAGAAAAAAUGAAGAAGAAAGAACCUGUGGGUAACAGUGACAACAUACCAGAUCAUGCACAAAAUCUUGACGAACUCACAAUAGACAUCUUAACAAGUCUUCAAGUUAGCCAAAUCAAGAAAAUCCGUCUCCUAAUUGAUGAAGCAGUCCUGAAAUGUGAUGAAGAACGCUUGAAACUGGAAGCAGAGCGCUUUGAAAAUCUCAGAGAAAUUGGAAAUCUUCUUCAUCCCUCUGUGCCAAUCAGCAAUGAUGAGGAUGUGGAUAAUAAAGAAGAGAGAAUUUGGGGAAACUGCACUGAAAGGAAGAAGUAUUCUCACGUGGAUCUGGUUGUCAUGGUGGAUGGCUACGAGGGAGAAAAAGGAGCUGUUGUAGCUGGAAGUAGAGGAUACUUCCUUAAGGGACCUUUGGUUUUUCUAGAGCAGGCCCUCAUUCAGUAUGCUUUGCAGACACUGCUUAGCAAGGGAUACACCCCUGUUUAUACACCCUUCUUCAUGAGAAAAGAAGUAAUGCAGGAAGUGGCCCAGCUAAGUCAGUUUGAUGAAGAGCUGUACAAGGUCCUGGGAAAAGGCAGUGAGAAGAGUGAUGAUAAUACUGUUGAUGAAAAAUAUCUAAUUGCUACAUCUGAACAACCAAUUGCAGCAUUGCACAGGGAUGAAUGGCUGAAGCCGGAAGAUCUACCCAUCAAAUAUGCUGGGCUUUCUACUUGCUUCCGCCAGGAAGUAGGCUCUCACGGUCGUGAUACCAGAGGCAUUUUCCGAGUACAUCAGUUUGAAAAGAUUGAGCAGUUUGUCUAUGCAUCACCGCAUGAUAAUAAAUCUUGGGAAAUGUUUGAUGAGAUGAUUUCCGUUGCUGAAGAAUUCUACCAGUCACUGGGCAUCCCUUAUCACAUUGUGAAUAUUGUCUCAGGUUCCUUAAAUCAUGCUGCCAGUAAGAAACUGGAUCUGGAAGCAUGGUUCCCAGGUUCUGGAGCCUUCCGUGAGCUUGUUUCUUGUUCAAACUGCACUGAUUACCAAGCACGGCGGUUACGGAUACGCUAUGGCCAAACCAAAAAGAUGAUGGAUAAAGUGGAAUUUGUACAUAUGCUUAAUGCCACCAUGUGUGCUACAACAAGAGCUAUAUGUGCUAUUCUGGAGAACUACCAGACGGAGGAAGGAAUCAUUAUACCAGACAAACUAAAGGAUUUCAUGCCACUGGGUCUAAAGGAAAUGAUAAAAUUUGUGAAACCUGCACCUAUAGAUCAAGAACUGUCUAAGAAGCAAAAGAAACAGCAUGAAGGAGGCAAAAAGAAAUCAGCUGGUGGAGACUUUGCCCUAGAAGGGAAGAUGCAAAGCAUGGAUGUGAACAGUCCCUGACAAAACCUCAGCUACUCUCACUGAGUUGCCCUAUGGAGAUCUUAAAGCUGAAGAGGGGUGGGGGUGGGGGUCCUUGGGAUUAGUUGCUGCUUUUUGUCUCCUCCUUCCUAGGUCAGGAACAUGUCACUUUUUCUGUCUCAGUUUUUACCCUCCAGUACAGGAAGAUGAAACUUCUCAUAUUGAUUAUAUGUGUAUUUUCUUAAACUGAAAGUAAAAAGCAGUACAAAAGCUGUUGAUUUCCCACCCACUUCCCACCCCAUUUUAAAUUAUGUUAAUUAUAUGUGAGAAAGAAUUCUAUCCAAGCCCAGAAUUGCAAAUUUAAGCGGAGGAAACAAAACACUGUAUAACGUUCAUUUGCUUAAAAAAAAAAAUCAGUAUGUUGAAGUAAGGAAUAUAGGCAAAUAUCAAAAGAGGAAAUAAAUAUAGGCACUUGUGUAAUUUUAUCAUCAUGAUUUUUGAAACGUCAUAGGAUUUUCUCUAAUUUAGAGGGACUCAGUCAAUAAAUCAAAGAUUUAAAACAUUGGUUCUUUUUUAGUUAAUUAUUCUUUCAUGUAUCUUGGAGCCCUUUUUAAUUCUCGCAGUUGCAGAAAUUUAUGUGGCCUUACAGCAACUUUACAAGAUUAAGAAUUUUUAGUAUUUUCCUAUUGGCAAUAUACUUUCUUAUAUUAUACAUUGUAGUAUUUCUGUUUAUUUCAUAAAUUUAUAGGCCACCAGUCUUAUAUUUGAUGGUCUGAGGGAGAGCUUAUCCUUGAAACCAUAAGAGAGGUACAAGAGGGAAGAUGUCCAGCACUUGAUCUUAACUUUUUAGGUAGAACUAUGAAAUUAAAGAAAUGGGAACUUUAUAGAAAAUUCAUUGUUUAUAAAAUCAUAUAUCUCGGCAUCACAUAGUAAAAAAUGGGCGUAUAUGAUUUUAUAAACAAUGAGUUUUCUAUAAAGUUCCAAUUCAUUUAACUAUGCUUUGGCUUUCAAGAAAUUUUAUUUUUCAAUAACAUAUGGAGGAAGGUAAUGAUAUUUCGAGUUUAAUUGACUAAACACAGAAUUUGCCAUUAAAUAUUGAAUUUCGGGGGGAAAAUCCACAGGUAAGAAUUAAAAAGUCAAGAAAAAAAACGAAUUGAAAGAAAGCAAAAUAAAAGUGCAAAGAAAAAAAAAA